CAAGGUGAUUCAGCAGAAGAGAUUGACUUGAGUGUGGUGUACCAAGCGUCAGCGAAUGGUGAUGUCAACACAUUGACUGCAAUCAUCCGGGAAGAUCCUUCCAUUCUGGAGUACUGUGACAACGAAGGUUGCACACCACUGAUGCACGCUGUUUCUGGACGACAAGUCGAUACAGUGAAACUGCUGCUGAAAAUGGGAGCUAACAUAAAUACACAAGAUGCCUGUGGACGAACGAGUCUUUCACUUGCCACGUACCUGGGAUGGCUGGAAGGCUGUGUUAGUUUGCUCAGGAAUGGUGCCAAGCAGAACAUACCAGAUAAAAAUGGGAGACUUCCCCUGCAUGCGGCCACUGCUGAAGCUGAUGUCAGGCUUUUAUCUGUACUUCUGCAGCAAUCAACUUUAAGUGAGAUUAAUCAUCAGGACAAUGAGGGAAUGACGUCACUUCACUGGGCAGCAUUUCAUAACCGGCCACAGCAUGUACAGAUUCUGCUGCAGAAAGGGGCAGAUCCAACAUUGGUGGACAAAGAUUUCAAAACUGCUAUUCACUGGGCAGUUCAGAGUGGAAACAGAGUGCUGUGUUCUAUAAUACUCGAUCAUCAGCAGGGCCAAUCCACAAUCAACUAUGACGAUGAAAAUGGGAAGACGUGUAUGCACAUAGCAGCAGCUGCAGGAUACAGUGACAUUAUCUGUGAACUUGCCCGAAUCCCAGAGUGUAACUUACAGGCCCUUGAUGUGGAUGAUAGAACCCCUCUACACUGGGCUGCAGCAGCAGGAAAAGCAGACUGUGUACAGACUCUGUUGAAAUUGGGAGUGGAUAUUAACCCCAGAGACAUCAAUGAAAACACCCCUCUGACCUAUGCCAUGUACUGUGGGCACACUGCAUGCAUCAAACUGCUUUCUCAGGAGAACAGUAGACCAGACCCGUUCCAGCCAUUCAGCUCCCCAGGCUGUAAAGCCAUGAGGAAAGAAGGGCGUCUCACUGUGCUGAAUCAGAUAUUCUCAUGCAAGAAGAAGAAGGUGGAGCAGAAAGCACACCAGAAGGACAAACUCAGGUAUAACAGAGAAGAAACCUCAGAGGUUGAUGACAUCAUCACCACAUUUGACUGUAUAUUGGACACAAACUGCAAAGACCCUUCCGAUGAGAGGGUGACCUCAGUCAACUGCAAAAAAAGGACAGUGGAGUCACAGAAGUACCUGUUACCGGAAAGCAAGCAAAAUAGCAAAGGUCUUCCACCCAUAAGAACACAGAGUCUCCCCCCCAUAACUCUUGGAAACACUUUUUUGACCACAUCACAGACUACACCAGAUGUCCCACAAAGCAAUGCUUUUCAUUUUGCACACCGUUCUCAGAAAAGCAAGAGUGAGCAUGACUUGUUUGACCACAGAAUUAGUUCCCAGAAUUUGCAAGACAAUCCAUGGAAUAUAGCUGCUAACCAAAUCCUGCCCCAUAAAUCCUGGACUUCACCAGAUCCUGACAAGUUCAAGCAUCAUGCUUUGCUUAAAAAGCCAAACCAUAUAGACAGGCUAUGUCCACCUCAUCUUCCUCACAUGGAAAAUAUGCAUCCAGGUCACAACUCACCUCACCUCCCUCAAGAUAAGCCAAGAAUGAAAGAAUUUCGACUUGCGCGAAACAGCUUGGCUCCUCUACCGGAUCACUGUGUGAAGAAAAUCCAGUUACCAUCUGGGCAAGUCUGUCCAGGAGUCAAGAAGUCUAUGUCUUUGCCAACCAACUCUCUGCGGAUGGGAAACAACUUGUCUCCAUUAAUCAUCUCUAAAACUCAGAGUCACUCGCUCUAUUCCUUCUUGCCGGUCCUAAGAAGAGAACCGUUGAGGACAACCCGUGUCCUGCCUGCCAUUCCCAGUCAAAAGGGCCAAAAUGCAACAGAAAGCCUUAUGAGAUCUCCAAACAAGUCUGACACCAACGACUAG